CUACACGCAUUCAGGCUGAGGCAUAUCCAACCGAAUUCCACCAAGAGCAGGUUCGUAGUCAUGAUCAACCGCGGCUGGCCUUUGCUGUUAUUUCUGCAUCAAGCUACGACUUGGGCGAGGGAUAUUACAUUCCCUCCUUUAGCCCCACACCAGCUCGGUAUCUAUGGCAAAUCUCACAGUCAACAGCCAUACCUUUCUCCAGUCACGCCAGACCCCGACUUGCUUCUCGAAUUCGAAAAGUUCUCGGGGUUGGCCACAUUUGCCAAUUUACCAUGGGUGCAUUGUUUGUCACACGAUGAUCAGGUGGACAAAUAUGACAUUGCCUUCUUGGGCGCUCCCUUUGAUACUGGAACCACAGGUAGGCCUGGUUCGAGGUUUGGCCCCACUGGCAUCAGAGCUGGCUCAAGACGGAUAGCCGCUCCAUUCGCGUGGAGUCCCUACACCCACGACAACAAUUUUCUCAAGUGGGCCAGAAUCGUAGAUUGUGGCGAUGCCCCCUUGACGUUUCUGGACAAUACGGUAGCCUUGCAGCAACUAGGGAAAGCACACAAGGUGGUCUCUGGGCGAACUGCAAAUGCCACUGAAGUUGCCACUGUCCCUCGAAUCAUCACUCUUGGUGGUGAUCACACGACAACCUUGGCCGCGUUACGUUCUACGAUCGACCACUGGGGCCCAGUCAGUGUCAUUCAUUUUGACUCUCACAUCGAUACCUGGGAUCCCAAAGUCCUCGGAGGGGGCUUCUCGCAUUAUGCUGGUGUUAACCACGGCACGUUUCUGCAUAUUGCCCACGAAGAAGGUUUGAUUCUCAACUCGUCUGCUCAUGCAGGUAUCCGAGCCCCGGCCUCAAAUCAGAAGUAUGACUGGAGGAAUGACCGGAGAUGUGGAUUCGAAAUUAUCACUGCCAGAGAUAUCGACAAGAUUGGAGUGGCUGGGAUCAUCAGUAAACUCAAGACUCGGGUCGGUAAUACCAACGUCUAUAUUUCAGUUGAUAUUGAUGUGCUUGACCCGGCCUAUGCUCCCGCGACAGGCACCGCCGAGGUUGGUGGCUGGACCACCAGAGAACUGCUCAGCAUCCUCGACGGUCUUGAAGGGCUCAAUGUAAUUGGCGCCGACGUGGUUGAAGUGGCUCCUGCCUACGACAAUGCUGGACAGACGACAGUGCUCGCAGCGUCAGAGGUUGCAGUGUCGUUAAUGAGUCUGAUGGUAGAGACUCCUGUCAAGCCCGUCAAGACAUGAUCAGUACCUUAGGUAUGUAGACGCGGGUUUCAAUUCCAAUACUGCUGAUUGGUUCC